AUGUUCGACGUGAGCGCGCUGCACGACGCACUGCGGAGCGAGAAACUCCGUAAGCGAAGGGAGGGCAUUAAGGAUGUGUUAUUGAGCCUACAGUCGAGCGAUUUCGUUAGAUAUCUGGACGUGGGGACGAAGGAAUAUGAUUCCACGGGGAGUGGUGACGUGAAGUCUACUUGGGCGGGUCUGAUUAGUUCGGUAAUGGUUUGCGUGACGAGCGAGUUGGAGGACGACAAACACACGACAGAUAAGAACACUUUCUCGCUUCUCAGGACGUGCGUAGCCGCGGCUGAAGGUCGGAAACGGACGAAUGGUAUAUCGGUUCCGCUGCUGAGACGCGCUGGAAAGAUGUUCGCACACGUUUUAAUCGUGUUGCAAUCGGGCGACGCAAACUUCGUCGUCGACUACGUACACAUCCUACGGAACAAUCUUUUAAAUGUGCCGGAGUACUGCUCGCGAGCGAAACAGAGCGUGUUCGAAGAAUUGAUAAAACUUUUUGCGUCCAAGUCCACUUCGAGCUCGAGUGAAGCGAUGAACGGGGAGAAGAAGGAGGAGUUGUAUCGAGGCGCGGCGGCUUUCUAUUUGCUGCUGCGCAACUGCCCCUAUGAUUUAUCUGUGCAAACGGUUAAUGGUUUGAUGGAGACAUUCAAAGAUACGUUUCAUAAUCUUCGCGAAGACGGCCGCACGGCCGCAAUGCUUGUUUCUGCCAUGAAUAAGUUUUUGCUUAAGACAGGUUUGGACGUGAGCUCGCGAAUGGCUGCACUUCACGAUAGCGUCUACCCGUACUUGGCGUGGGCACUCAAAGGGAAUGUGAGAGACAGGCGCUUGAAGGAAGAGUUGAUAAAAUAUUGCUACGUGCAAAAUCGUUUAGACGUAUUAGGUCACGAGAGUGUUGAAAAUCUCGUGGAAGUGCUCGAGAAACAGAUAGAUGACAUAGGUUCAGAUCGAUCCGUCGGCGGCAAUAAUUCUGACAGAUUUGAUGUGAAAUUGUCGCAGAAGCUCCUGUUUGAGCUUUACUGCGACGUGCUGGUAUUUUCUGAAAGAACGACGUCAACGGUUAGCUCUGACAUGAAUCAAAUAACGCGAAGCGCCAAGCGCGCACGAGGUGAUGGUAAGCACGUGGAGCGGAUCGUUUCCAAGAUUUUAUCCGACGGCGGCUAUUGGGGCGCUGUCUUUUGCGUGCUGUUGAAACGACAUGGCGGUUCAUUGGCAAAACCAGAGCUGGAUGAUUGCGCAAAUCGAUUGGUGAUUGCCUUGAGUGAUUCAUUCUCGCAAGGAAGCAUGUCAGACAUGAAAGUUCUCGCUCACUCACUGUGGUUGAUCCGGUGUUUGCAGGAAAUUGCUGGUGGUACGCGCAAUAAUGCGUCGCCGGUUUGGACGAAGGUGACCAAUUGUUUAGUGUACUGGCUCCCGGCACAUCUAGCCGAAGCUCGUCUGACGAAUGAAUCUCUAUUGCUGUUCGCGACGAUGGUCAGUAGCGAACUCAUUCAUCCAUCGUUGCUGCGUCAAAAAUUCUGGCAACUCAGCGUCUUUGAUUUCGCUGAAGUUCCAACACUGGCAACCCUUGAGCUCGUUAGCGCGGUGUCGUCCCUUGGACUAAGUGAGCAUGUCGUGGCUGGGCGUUCGUAUGACGAAUACUUUCUAUGGCUUCUCCGUGGUUUGUCACAAAAGACGGAUGAACGUUUUUCAUUUUACAGUCGUCGUGCAAACGCGUCAACAACUUCGGACGUCGCCUUAGACCGUGUACUCUCAGCCAUUCAGAAUUCAUUCGUCGCGGCUUCUCAUAGAGCCUGGAUAGACAAAGAAGAUAGAAGUUGGUUAGAGUCACCAGACGACGAUCACGUGAGCUUUAUGCGAGACGUGGAGAACCUUCGUCUCGUAUCAAAACCUUUCGCCAAGUUUGGGUUCAAUCCGAAACGCGCUGAUGACGUGACUACAGUCAACAGCAGUUCAAAAGAGGUGAGUAUGGACCCGGAAAUCCGUAUUACCGGUGCACAAAUGUUAGAGAAAGCUAUAGGCGCCGCGCGGAAUCCUACAGAUGCGGUUCGUGUAUGCACAGUAGCGUUAGGAGCAAUCACAUCGUUAGCACCGAUAAAUCGGAGAACAGAAUCCAUGCAAAGUUUAGACCAGGGUGGUAACGCAUCACUCAUGAAGACGAUUUUUGCGACGAUACCACGUGCUUUACGGAUUGGAUUGCACUUAGAUACGAUACUUAGCUCGAAAACAACCGUGUUGGAUGCAAUUCCUACUUUGGUGUCGACUCUUCGGCAGGUGCAACACGCUGGGUGCAAGAGCGAAGCCUUGGAAGAUCUGUGUCGAAAUGUUGUCGAAAUCCUGUAUGACAUCGCUCGGGAGUUACUGCAAAACAUAGAUCACGGAUUGACGGUGGGCAGCAACAGUGUCAUGACCAGUGCUCGUCACUCACAAGAGGAAACAUUUUUUGAUGACGACUUGGACUUUCAAAUGGUUGAUUCAGAGGCGCAACGCUCAAACACAUCUCAGAUGGCUACUACGUCGACGACGAUAAUGCCUGAAAAUGACGGAAAUGUGGCGUGUAGCGAGCGAUAUGUGAAGCAAAUCAUGAAGUGUCUUGAGUCAAUGACGUCGGUGAUACCAGAAUCAGUAGCUACAUUGACUGCGUUGCUAUUGCGCUACGCCGUGCCACCGGAGGGCGCACCGCCUCGUGGACCAUGCGGCAUCGGUGUGUCGCAAGAUAUAGCUGAAGUUGCGAUAUCAUUAGUGCAAUCGUCGCGUUCGGCGAGUCUGGUUGGUGUCGUGCUACCAGUUCUUCAAGCGGUUGCGAGAGGGCAGGUGAAUCUAGAUGAAAACGCAGGACUGAUGUCAUCGGCUCGAGAGUGGCUAUUGAAUCAAACAACAAUAUUGACAUACGGGCUUUGCGAGUUGACUUCCUCGAAUUCCAACUGUGAAAUGCCACCUAUACCUGAAAAUACUCAUGGCGUGCUGGCGGAUCUCGUCACUCGAGCAGCUGGCGUAGUAGAUGGUGAAAUUCCUGCAGCUCUGAGAAAUUGCGGUGUUCGCGCAAAACUGGCUGAUUGCAUCUUGUCCCUCUUCACGUAUGAAAUGGACUACUUUCAACCGCGUUUUGGAGGUUGCCUAGCCUGGCUUUUAGGAGAUGAUAGUUAUUUGGUGCGCAUACACGCCGGUUACGCGAUGGCUUCAGCUAUUGGUUUCUUCCUUGAGGCGGACCACACGAGCAUAUUUCAAAACACGGUUGUUCCCGGAUUAGCCAUCAAGUGCCAGUUUCUGCCAUCAGGUGGUUUGGAUAUAGCUACGGACGACAUCGAUGAUACAGAACGUGAGUGGUCAAGCCUUCACAUAAUAUCUGCCGUCGGGAUCAUCUCAUCAGUGCUCGAACCAUGGUGCGCCUUCAUGAUAAUUCAUCAUCGCGCGCGACACGGCAGUCGGUUGCAGAUACCGGCCAUGAACGCGAUAAUUCAUUUAGCAGAAUCUACUGGGCAUCCAUCGGUCGCCUCAUUCGUACAGUUUCACAACCGCACUAUAGGAAGGCUCUGGAUCGAUUCAGGAGCUUCUGUAUCUCUACUAUUUGAAGUCCCUGAAGUGCUCGGUCUUCCGCCUGGCACUGAUGCGAAAACGGUUGCAGCGCAACUGAAGAGAUCUUUGCUUCCGGCUUUGAUUUACGAUAAGGAUCGAGAUGGACUGAACACGCUCGCAGCUAUGAGUGAUAGUGGUACCAUUCAACAGAUGAUCAAGUUAAACUGGGACGUCGUUCAAGCGCGUUUGUACGCACUGGUGGCGAAAGAUUGUCCGGAUCCAAAGGCGAUAGCUGCGCAGACAUAUGUGGAAUCUUUGAUGAAAAAGUCCAUACGAGGAUGGAAGCCUAACGACAGCUCUAAUCAAUUACAAAUUCUGGUCGAGCUUCUGCAUUUAGCGAGAGAUCCUGUCGAGAGCGCGAAGCUGUUUGAUGUAUCACCUCCGUACAGACGAGCGACCGACAUCAUACAUGUCAUCGAGCGAUUCAUGAAUGAACAAGAUUCUACCAUCACUUGGACUUUUGACGUUAUUUUUCAGUGCAUGCUAUCUAUUCACGAAGCGAUCGAUAUGGCCACGUCAUCGAGGCACAAGCUGAAAGUCUUGGCGUCGUUGAAAGUCUUGUUGUCCUGCAUUGGUGAAGAAAAUGUGAGAAUCCCGUCUCUCUUCAGAUAUGUCUAUUUCAUGCUCAUACCAAAUUUGAAUGAUAACACGAUCGGCACGCAGUGCAUUCAGAUUUUGGCGAAACAGACUCUGAGUGCUUACGACGAAUUAAAUCGCCUCAAUGAAGAUCAAAGCGAGCUUUCGUUCACUAUGGAGAACUUCAUCGUCCCAUUGAUGUUUGUAUUGAGUUCCGUCGUUGAAUCGGAUGCAAGUUCAGUUGAUCAGCGCACUGAGGCGCAGAAUUUCCUGCGGAUCAUCGUCACGAAGCCACCAAAGUCGAUCUACCGCGUGCUAGGAGUGUUACCGCCGUUGCCCGACUUGCCCAUGCUCAAGGAUGUGAGAGAUAUUUUGCUAAAUGUUGACAAGCCAAGCCACGCAGAGCGAUUGUCAUAUCUCGUGGAGAAAGCACCAACCUUGCCCAAAGCGCUGCAACGCGUGGCGUUGCGAGCUGGCGGUCUUGAGGCACUGAUGCACAAGAAAUAUCUGUUAAAGAUGAGUGAUGAAGAAGAUUUUUCACCAUACAAAUGGUCUUGUACGAUUUCUGAGCACGUGUGGAAAUUUGCAGAACUUGUGGCCCCGUUGGCGGAUGCAGAGCUCUUCUCAAUCGCAGCCGAGCUAGUGUCUUCUCUCGGUCCACUUAGGCCGCAAGUGCUGGCUUUCAUACCACCGGAGCAAAAAUUACCGUUGGGCGGGAAAGAUUUUGUUGUUGGUAUGACACAAUUGGAAAUGUUUGUGGUAAAGAAUUUGAAAUACUUGAGUAGCCUUCUGUGCUCACCAAAGAGCUCGACCGUGCGCUCUGCUGCGGCAACAAUUCAAGGUUUGUUUACGAUAAAAAAAGUCUGCGCUACGCAUCAGAAGAUACCCGAAACGGAAAGGUUUUAUCUUGCGCCUUUCGCCACGGAAGCACUUACGGUCCCUGCGGUUGAAUCUGUUUGUGUGAAGAGCAUGGUGAGCGACCUGUACGAACUCGAUGACGAACGUCUCUGGACAAUUAAUGAGAACGGCUCAGACAAAGCGUACGAGAACUGGAUUUGCGCUCUUGUACAUAGGUUACUACCCGAGUGCAAAGCUGACCCGUUAUUUCGCUUGCUGGAAUCGUUGAUGAUCUCUGAUUAUGUUGUGGCAGAGCUCGCUCUCCCGCAUAUGCUUUUUGAGAUCGCCGAUGCGCGCCAUGACUUAUCAGUGAAAGGGAACAAAGACGUUCACGAUGCUCUCAGUCGAGGAUUCACAGGAACAUUAAACCGUGCAAACACUUCGGAAGGUCGUCGAGCCGCCAAGUUCAUAUUGCGUACGUUCGAGUAUUUACGCCGUAAGCGCACGACAGCAUUCAGAGCGAAACGUCCUGAUGAGCCUAGCGAACGGCGAUCUCGAGCGCGAGAUCCAGCCAAGUGGAAAAAAAUUUUCUGGUUCGAUAUUGAUUAUCUUACCGUUGCACAGGCGGCAAUUCACACUGAAGCACCCCUUACGGCCAUAAUGUUUGUCGAGUAUUGGCUGGAAGAGAAGGGUGACAGUGUCUCUCUGAACGUGGGCGAUUCACAUGGACAGAUGUCUGACUCUGUGCCGGAGCAUCUUUCGCUAUUACUUAAAGCUCAAUCGAAACUUUCUGAACCUGAUGGUCUGUACGGUUUGUUGUGUUCGAAUUCACUCGAGUUGCAACUACGAUUAAGCGAACACGAAGGGCAUUGGGACAGAGCCCUUGCGGGAUAUGACUUGCUGCGCAGCAGUGGAGAAAACAUCGGUACACACGACGGUCAGCAUAGCGUGCCUAUGAUGAGAUCCCUUCGAGAGCUCGGCUGCUCACACCUGCUCCGUGCGUACUCGAAGGCACUGUCCGAUGACGAGUUGGCGGCUCCAGAGAUGAAAGAGUUGCAGUAUGAGGCAGCGUGGCGAGCUGGAAUAUGGACGUUGCCGACGGGGAUCACUCGAACGCAACAUUCAACCACAUCAGAGUUCAAUCAGAGUUUGCACGCUGCGUUGCGCGCACUCGAUCGUAAUGACACGGCCUGCGCAAUCUAUGAGACGAAUAGGUCGCGCGCUCACAUUCUGGAAAAAGCGAUCAGUGAGCAGGCAGAAUCGGCAGAUGCGAUGAACGUCACCAUAAUGAAAUUGCGCAUGCUCGAUGACAUCCGUGAUGCCGCUCAAUUAUGGCGUCACUUCGACUCUAACGCCAAUGUCGAGGUAAAAAAGCGCGCACUCAUAAGUAUGAACGACUGCUGGCGCUCGAGACAUGUGAAGGACGCGCCGUUCAAACUCAUCGAACAGUCUCUCGCGCUGCAAGGCGUCCUUUUCCAGCUCGCUGGUUUGUACGACAACUACGCUCAACACAUGACACGAACUUCCAUGCUAGCUCGUAAAGCCGGUCAUAUCACUGAGGGUGUGCAGGCCAUACGAAAUCUGCGUAUCAUGCACGGGCGCGAUCAAACGAAGUCGGAUAUGAUAAGUUUGGGUACGUCGCCGUGGCGCGUAGAGGAAGCCAAGUUGUUGUGGGCGGAAGGCAAGUCAGAAGCAGCGAUUUCCGUCGUCAAUUCCAUCGUGCAAUCCAUGCGGCCCGGGCAAAAUUUACUCUUAAGCUCUCCAAAAAGAUCGGAGAACGCAUCGGCACCACCGAGCGCGAGGUUCUUCGAGCUCGUGUGUCUGCUGUCAAAGUGGCAAGCGCGCGCGCGAAGCGAGUCAAGCAAAGUCAUCUUGAGCAAGUUUCUAGAUUGCGUUUCCGGUAUGACGGCCGCUUAUGCAGAUAUUAUGAAGGGAAAAGGAGUCCAUGAAGCGAAGUGCGCCGUCAUUUACUCGAAAGAUGGCUUGAACGAUGUGACGUCUGUGAGACUUUUGAGCAGAGUUCAUUUUCGACUGGCGCAAUUCACCGACGCUCAGUAUCGCCACUUGGAGGACCGUCUUAAGUCUCCCGAGUGGGCUCGCUACGAGAGACUGCGUAAGCGGAACGAAGACGAGCUAGUGCGUCUCAAACGCGAAAAAGAUACCAAACAUCUCGCGCUCGUUGGUAAGAAAAAGGGCACCGGGGCGUACGAAGCGAUUGUGAAUGAGAUAAACAGCAUCACUGGUCGAUUGUAUCCACUUGAGAGGCAAGUGUCGAAUGAUCACGAAGAGGCGAUGGGCAUGCACGGUGAGCAUAGGAACGCACUAAUCACCGCUUUGCAAGGUUACCGCAGAUCGCUCGAAGCCGGCGGUUGGAACGCCCAGGAGACUGUCUUUAGGAUGAUAUCGCUUUGGUUCACUCACUGCGCCGGCGUCAGCACAAAGAGUCUCAGCGGAGGAACUCUCACCUCCGCGGUAAACGGCGAGAUCGAGAAGCUCAUCACUCGAGGCGCCAGAAUCCCGAGUCAGAUCUUUCUGGAGCUGUCGCAUCAAAUCAUCAGUCGUCUGGGGACGCCGUGCAACGCUGAAAAUAAUUUUAUCCAACUGCUCGAACAUCUGGUGUUCAGACUGAUUCGAGACCACCCGUAUCACGUCAUUUACCAAAUUCAAGCACUGACGCGAGGUGAUAGAGUCUCUCGUGCUGGAGUGCGUUCGCCGAGCGAAAAGAUCGCCGCCGCGAAGAGGCUGCUGGAGAAAGAUGGGUCAAAGUACCCUGAGAAACGGAUGAUGCUAUCACAGAUGGAACGAUUGAUCGAGGCAUACAUUCGCAUCGCGACAAUGUCGCUUUCAAGCAACAACGAGACGCCGUGGAAGCAAUUGCCGAGCGACGUGAAGAAACGAGCGCUGAGUGAUUUGAAGAUGGUUCCUGUACUUACCGCACCACUAGCAAUCGAUCCGAAAUGCGAGUACGCCGAUGGAACCUUUCCAUACUUUUCACACUUUGGUGACGCCGCACGACUUGUUGGCGGCAUCAACGUGCCAAAAGUUGUGUCUUGCUACGGUUCUAACGGCAAAAUCUAUCAUCAGUUGGCCAAGAGUGGCAACGACGAUCUGCGACAAGAUGCCGUUAUUCAGCAGUUCUUCGGAUUGGUGAAUACGUUGCUCAAGCGAAACUUGAGCACGAACUCUCGGCGCAUGCGUAUUCGCACAUACAAGGUCAUUCCUUUCUCACCGGAGGCUGGCCUCCUUGAGUACGUGGACGAAUCGAUUUUGCUAUCGAGUUAUCUCAUUCGAGCUCACGAGCGAUAUCGACCUUGCGAUAUGAAGCACGGAGAUAUCUCGCGGCUCAUGAAAGGUUUGCCACCGUCCGAGCUACACAAAACGUAUGAGGAGGUGUGCGCCAACUUCCGCCCUGUCAUGCACAACUUCUUCUUGGAGAACUUUCCCGAUCCGAGUAAUUGGUUCGAAAAGCGCGUGGCGUACACACGAUCAUGCGCAGUGAAUUCCAUCGUCGGCUACGUCAUAGGUCUCGGUGAUAGACACAGCAGUAACAUCAUGAUUGACAGAUGGACGGCGGAGUUUGUGCACAUCGAUUUCGGUGUCACGUUUGAGCAAGGCUUGACUUUGAAGACGCCCGAACGCGUUCCUUUCCGCCUGACCCGUGACAUCGUCGAUGGCAUGGGUGCAUGCGGCGUCGAGGGCAUCAUGCGUCGAUGCUGUGAGGAGACCAUGAAAGUGCUGCGUUCAAACAGAGACGCGCUCACGACCAUCAUCGCCGUCCUCGUGCAUGAUCCCAUCAUCAAGUGGGCUGUCGGCGGUCGCCAGGACGCCGCCGCGUCGUCGAAGCAUUACAACGGUAUGGGCGAUAGCCCCGUGCACGCGGACGAGGGUAACCUCGACGCCGAGCGCGCGCUCAUGCGCGUAAAGCAAAAACUCGACGGUUACGAAGACGGCGAGCUCCGCUCCAUCCAAGGUCAGGUCCAACAGCUCCUCCACGACGCGCGCGAUCCGCACAAGCUCGCUUUGAUGUACGCCGGAUGGGCCGCUUGGCUCUGA